GUCUACAGCAUGGCUGAGAAUCAGUUGGUCGCGUUAGAGGCCUUCCUCAAGGACCAUCCAACCAUUGGAUUCACCCCUCCUUCUCACCCGGAAUUCGCUUCCCUUUGCAAGAUCUGCAAUGCGAGUUAUCGCGAUGUCCCGUUGGCUAUUGUCCAUCCGCACUCCCCAGAGGAUGUCAGCACGCUGAUCAAAUACGUCCAAUCCACAGGCCUCAAGUUCACGAUCCGCACUGGCGGCCAUAACAUGGAAGGUCGCGCCAUAGUGGAGGAGGCCCUGGUUAUUGACAUGCGAGCUCUCACAUCGGUGCAGGUCGCUGCCGAUCGCCAGUCCGCCACGGUGCAGGGAGGCAUCCUGCAGGGCGAUCUUGGAAAGAAGCUCUGGCAGGAGGGCGUGGUUACUCCAACCGGAUCGAUCCCUAGUGUCGGCUACGUGGGAUGGGCCAUGUAUGGCGGCUACGGGGCCUUCUCGUCACGUUGGGGCUUGGGAGUCGAUCAGAUUCUGGGUGCAACUGUGGUUAAUCCCGACGGGGAGAUUGUCAAAGCUGAUGAGGCGCUCUUGAAAGGGAUCCGGGGUGCGGGGGGCGUGUUUGGCGUUAUCGUGGACAUGACUAUUAAGGUGUAUCCGGUGAAGAGUCUCCUCGCCGGAAUAAUCAUGUACGACUCGCAGGAUAUCAGCAAAACAAUGGCCGAGUUCAACGCCGGAUAUCAAAAGCUUCUCAAAGAAGGCAUUCCAAGCCAACUCACCCUCCAACAGUUAGCGUUCAACGCACCACCGGGGCGAAUCUUCGGAGCCACCAUGGUCUGGAGCGACGAUGAUCUGGAAGAAGGCCAGCGCUGGAUCCAGAAGAUCGCCAACCUCAGCACACCGAUCAUGAACACCGUGGCCCCCACGACCAUCCCAGAAUGGUUCGAUGGUAACGCUGCUCUCGUGCCAGAGACCAUGUAUGGAACCACCCGCACCCUUAACCUGUACGAGAUCACCCCCGAGAUUGCAGCUAUCUUCGGACGCUAUGUGCAGCAAAUGCCGUCCAACCCGGGAGCCAUGUUCUCCAUGCACGGACUAAGGGGUCCGUCAGCUUUCCCAAGGGACAACUCGGUGUUUGGGACCAGAGAGCCUCAUUUUUUGAUAGAAAUUCUGGGCUUUUCGACGGAGGAAGAAAGUGCGAAGGAGUCGCAGCAGUGGGCGGCGAGGUUUGUAGAUGAGAUUCGCAAAGAGGCAUCUGGAAAUAUCCUUCCGACUGCAUACAUCUCAAUUUAUCACACGAAAGAUGAACCGAAGCCGUUGAAGGACUUCUACGGUUUGCAUGCGGAGGAGGUUGAAGCGCUGAAGGAGAAAUUCGACCCAGAGAACGUGUUUAGCUUGAGCUUUCCACAGGUGAAGUGAGGGAACGAUAGGCGAGUGUCGUCAUUCUACUAUGCAGUAG